CAGCCAUAGUCCUCAAUCCAAUCCAUCCUAAUCGCGACCCCCCUCGCCUCCUCCCCCCUGCCUCGACUCUUGAACAACCCGAACCUGGUGUUCACCCACAGCCUUGACGGCCCCCACUUUCGUUCAUCGUCAUCGAUUCAGUCACGCUGCGCGCGACCUACCCUACAUCUCUCAUAUAUCUCGACCAAUCUAUAAACAAUGGCUCCUAUUCUCGAGACUGCGGUCUCCCUUCUCGCUCUUGCCGGUACUGUCGCUGAGGCUACGCCUCUUUUGAAGCCCGGACGUCACGCGUCACCUGGCGUGGCCAACGUCCUGUCUUCUUCCAAGAGGUCUCUGCACAACUUACUUGCGAGGUACUACGGAUCUACCUAUGGCUUCACCAAGCCCUCUCCUCUUCCAGAGAAGCGUGACACCUCUCUUCCCGAUGGCUGGUCUGUCUUUGGCUGUGUUGCCGAAUCUACCGAUGAGCGACUUCUUCAAGGCUUUGCUUUCUCUUCAAGCAGCCUGACUCCACUCCUCUGUGUGAAUGAAUGUACCAAGCUUGGUUACACGAUGGCUGGUACUGAGUAUGGAGAUGAGUGCUACUGCGCCAACUCUUAUUCUGGCAACGGCGGUGGUCUGGCGGACGACUCGACAUGCAGCAUGGGUUGUGGGGGUGAUUCGAGCGAGACCUGUGGCACUACCUGGUACCUCAACCUCUACACCUACAACUCUAGCAGCCUCGCUUCUUGCUCGUCCGACUCCACUACUACCUCCUCUGUCGCUUCUGUAUCUGCUUCCUCAACCGCCUCCGAGUCGUCUGCUUCGGCUACCGAGUCAGCCACCUCUUCCCUCGAUGUGGCUACUUUGAUCGCCGAUGCUUCGUCUACCGAGAGCGCGUCUUCUUCUCAGAUCACCGGCACCGAGACGGCCUCUUCUGCCGUCGCCGCUGUUGACCUCUCAUUCUCUCUUUCCGUUGGCAUCUCCAUUGGUGAUGGCGAGUCUGCUACCGCUACCUCUUCCGAGGCCGGUGCUACCAUCACUGCGUCUGCCACCAGCUCUGUCGCCACUUCCUCUUUCACUUCUACGGCCUCCAUCUACGAAGACUCUGACAAUGCUUCCGAGUGGUACGCUCUUGGCUGUGCUAUCGACUCUUCCGACCGUGUGCUCUCCGAGUACUCUGUUGACAUGAGCGAUAUGACUAUCAACUCUUGUCUUUCCGCUUGUGAGGACUUGGGCUACAAGUAUGCCGGUGUCGAAUUCGGCGAGGAAUGCUACUGUAGCUCUACCCUUGCCUCUGCUGUGACCUACGACGAGGACCAGUGCAACGUCGUCUGCAACGGUGACGAGGCGGAGACCUGCGGCGGUACUUGGGCCAUCGAGAUCUUUGAGCUCAUUUCUUCCGCGGUCUCUUCCUCUUGCUCCAACAGCACUGCUCCCGCCACCUCCUCUGUGGCUUCCUUGACCAGCGGUGUCUCUGCCACUGUCACUGCGUCUGCCUCCAGCUCUGCGGCUACCAGCACCUCUGAGACUCUCUCUGAAUCUGCCCCCGAGACCGUUUCCCAGAGCGCUUCUGCCAACGAAACCGAGUCUGCUACCGCCUCUCUGACAGCCUCCAGCACCGAGUCCAGCACCGAGUCCAGCACCGAGUCUGUGUCUGCGUCUACUACAGCUACCGCCUCCGGCUCUGCUACCACUGCCGACUCUACCACUGUGCCUUCUUCCAGCGCCGACCACCAAGUCUGGGCUCACCACAUGGUUGGCAACACCUACUCGUACACCAGCUCCAACUGGGCUAGCGACAUUGAGUCUGCCACUGCUGCCGGUAUCGACGGUUUCGCAUUGAACAUUGGCUCCGACUCUUGGCAGUCUAGCCGAGUUUCCGACGCUUACACAGCUGCUGGCGCUAGCGGCUUCAAGCUGUUCUUGUCUCUCGACAUGACCUCUUUGUCCUGCUCUUCUUCCUCUGAUGCUGCCAACCUCGUCAGCCUCGUCUCCGAAUUCGCCUCCGAGUCAGCCCAGGCUACCUACGACGACAAGGUUGUCGUUUCUACCUUUUCUGGUUCCGACUGCGCCAUCGACUGGCAGACCAGCUUUGUUGACGCCCUUACCGCCGAUGGCAUUGACAUCUUCUUCAUCCCCAGUCUCUUCUCCGACGUCUCUACCUUCUCCUCCAACACCUGGAUGGACGGUGAGCUCAACUGGAACUCCGGUUGGCCCAUGGGAUCUACCGACCUCACCACCAACUCUGAUGAGACCUACAUCUCUGCUUUGGGUGACAAGGUCUACGCUGCCGCCGUCUCUCCCUUCUUCUACACCCACUUCAGUGCUUCCUCUUGGAACAAGAACUGGUUGUACCGAUCUGACGACUGGCUCUACUGCACCCGAUGGGAGCAGCUCAUCUCCAUGCGAGAGACUGUCAAGUUGGCCGAGAUCUUGACCUGGAACGACUUUGGAGAGUCUUCUUACAUCGGUUCCAUCUCUGGUGACCUUCCUUCCGGCUCGGAUGCCUUUGUUGAUGGCAUGACCCACACCGGUCUUCUCUCCCUUACCAACUACUACGCUACUGCGUUCAAGACCGGUGCCUACCCCUCCAUUACCGAGGAUGAGCUCAUCAUGUGGGCUCGACCCCAUUCUCACGAUGCGACCGCCUCGUCCGACUCUAUCGGCAGGCCUACCGGCUACUCUUACACUGAGGACUACUUGUACGCAGUCGUCAUGGCUACCGAAGCUGCUACUGUCACCCUCACGUCCGGUUCCACCACCGAGAGCUUCUCUGUCGAGGCUGGUCUUACCAAGCUCAAGAUUUCUCUUGCUGCUGGUUCCAUCUCUGGUACCAUCACGAGGUCUGGUAGCACUGUUGCUUCUUAUGACGCUGGUUCCGACUUCUCUUACACCACUUCUCCCACGACUUACAACUAUAACUACUUUGUCGGGUCGAGCUCCUCAUAG